AUGAAGUAUAUUCCUACUGGGAGAUUUAGCAGGGCUAGGACCCAUGCACAAGUUAGAGAUAAUAAUCGUCAUCAUAAUGACAAUGACUACAGUGACUACGGUGACAGUGAUGACCGUGGUUACAACAACGACCGUUAUGAUGAUCGUCGUUCCGAGGAUAAUAGGAGACCUCCUAACAGGUCUCGUGGAAGUUAUGGUAGUAGUAGUGGUGGUAGCAGUGGGAGACGUUUUGACGAAUCUAACGUUCAAGAGACUCUGAAGGAUAUGAUUAAUUCACCUGAGAAUAGAAACAGAUGUGGUGAGUGUCAGGCUACAUUUCCAACUUGGUGUUCCACUAACCUUGGUGUGUUUUUAUGUGGUAGAUGUGCCUCUGUGCAUAGAAAAUUGUUAACUAAUCGUUCGGAUGAAGUAUUUUCUAAUUUGAAAUCGUUAUCCCUAGAUAGAUGGACUAGAAACGAUUUGGAAGAAGUAAGAAAUAUGGGUGGUAACAAAGGUAAUUUACAGUUUUGGAACCCGAAGGGUGAACCUUUCCCCUUUGAUGGUGAUGAUGACAAGAGUCAAGUGGAAAUGUUUAUUAGGGACAAGUAUAUUAUGGGGAAAUUUAAAUAUGAAGCUAUAAGACCUGAAGAUUUUGGUAACUAUAAUAAUCGUUCAAACAGCCGUGGUAGUAAUAAUAGUACUGAUUAUAAUAGACGCGAUAACUACAAGGACUAUACCAGUGGAAGAAGUAAUAGCAGUAAUUCCAAUAGAUCCAGAGGUAAUAAUAAUGAGCAAUCUUACUCUAGAGAGAACGUGGCACGUGAGGAACCUGCAUAUCCUGCUGCAGUUGCAGUUGAAAGAAACCCAGAAUUACCAAAAAGACGUCCUACUGUUGUCGGAGGAAGACCUGCGGUAUUCGAUGGUAGUGCAACUUUAACAGCUGGGGCAGAACCAUCUAUGGUUACUACCCAAGCUACCGGUUCUAUGCAACAGUAUUAUGAUCCAAAUACGGGGAUUAUAUACGUUGAUCAACAGCAACUAGCAUUGCAACAGCAGCAGCAACAAGCAAUGUUACAACAACAGCAACAAAUGGCGUUACAACAACAGCAACAAAUAGCACAACAACAACAAAUAGCACAACAACAACAGAUGGCUGCUAUGCAAAACCAAGCACAAAAGAACGCUAUUAUGGGAUUAUAUCAACGACCAGAUCUGUAUACUUCCCCUGUUGAAGUUAGUAACACUCACCCACUUUCUACCCAACUUACCCAACAGCAGUUGCAGCAACUACAACUUCAGCAGCAGCAGCAGCAGCAGCAAUACCCAACGGGACAACAACCUUUCAUGUGA